GCCAAGGUCAGACGGCACUUGGCGGGUAAGGAGGUAGCACGCGCGGCAAAUUUCUCCGCCAUAGAUUGCUGGAGCAACCUGAACAUGGAGACAGACAGUACCUUUGAGGUUCCCUUCGAAGUGGCGCCCCCGCCUGAGGAGGAUGACAGCCCCUCGCAGCUGCCAUCACAGGUGCUAUCGCAGCUCCCUCUCACUCAGGUGUGGUCAAAGGCUCCACAGCCCUGGCAGAUGCCCAAGACCCACUAUGUAGCCUUGGAGCACCACCAGGCAUACAAGGAGAACAAUUUGGAUCAGCGGCUCAGCCAUGCAUCACAAAGUCGUCAACGUGACUGCUACACUCAAAACCAUAACCUCACUCGGGAUCACCAAACAGAGGGUCACUUCUACCAUCAGGACCAGAUGAGCAAUGCUGAUGAUCAAGAGGAGCAGGCUUACCAGGAAGGGGGGCUUGGUACUCAGGGUCACCAAGUCCACCCAGGUCAUGUUAUGCAUCAUCAGGCCACUCGAGAUCACCAGAUUUACACAAGAGCCUCUCAGAGUCGCCAACAGCAGGCUGUGAGUCACACUAUGCAGGGUCACCGAUUACAGAGAGGCCGUUUUCCAGUCCAGCUAACUUCAGCAUCUUGUCUUAACAGCAGUGGCAGGGAGGCUUCUGCUGCUGGAAACCAGCAGAGAAAUGCUUCAGGUGGUGGCAUGCUAAGGCCUGUGGCAGACAUACCUGCCCAGUACAGGUCCCUCUUCUCCCAGUUUCCCUUCUUUAACAUUGUCCAGUCUACAGUGUUUCCAGAUGUGUUUGAGUCUGAUCGCUCAGUGGUGGUGUCAGCUCCCACAGGUUCAGGAAAGACUGUGGUGAUGGAGCUGGCUCUGGUGCGGCUCCUCAUAACUCGAGACAGUUGUCCUCCCAGUGAUCAUCCACCCCAGCCAGCCAGGGUGGUGUACAUGGCACCCAUGAAGGCACUGGUGACAGAGAGGUACUUGGAUUGGCGACAGCGACUGGCACCCCUCAAUCUUACGUGUGCUGAGAUCACUGGUGACACUGAACAUGAUGACAUUACUGUCAUCAAAAACUCACAGGUGAUAUUGACCACACCAGAGAAAUGGGACUUUCUCACCCGCCGCUGGAGGGACCAUGCCUCCCUCAUGCAGGCAGUGUCCCUCCUCCUCAUUGAUGAAGUGCACGUGCUGAAUGAUGAGGGGCGUGGGCCAACCCUGGAGGCUGUGGUGUCCCGCAUGAAGACCAUCCGUGCUACCAGGCCCACACAUGGAAACUUGGCUGCAUCACCCAGGCUCAGGUUUGUGGCAGUGUCAGCGACAAUUCCUAAUGCUGAGGAUGUGGCUGCCUGGCUCUCAGAUGAUCCCACUCCUGCAGUCUUUCACAAGUUGGAGGAGAGUCUGCGGCCUGUCAAGCUGCGACGUGUGGUACUGGGAUAUGACUGCCGGGACAACUGGACAGAUUUCCGCUUUGACCUCUCACUCAACUACCGACUUUCUGGUGUUAUUACCAACUACAGUGAAAAUAAACCCACACUAGUGUUUGUAUCAACAAGAAAGGCAGCUCAGUCCUCUGCCACUACCCUGGCCAAGGAGGCACGGCUCAUACGAGAUGCAGCACACAAGCAGCUUCUUACCACUGUUGCUAAUGGAUUGAGGGACAACAAGCUCAGAGAGUGUGUUAUGUAUGGUGUUGGCUUCCACCAUGCUGGGCUGGUGAUGGGGGACAGACGACAUGUGGAGGAGCUGUUCAUUGCCGGUCAGCUGCCUGUCCUUGUGGCUACUAGUACUUUAGCAAUGGGAGUUAACCUGCCAGCACAUCUAGUUGUUGUCAAGUCCACCACACAGUAUGUAGGGGGAGCCUAUGAAGAAUAUUCCUCUGCCCAACUCCUUCAGAUGACAGGCCGUGCUGGAAGGCCUCAGUUUGAUACCCAUGCUACUGCUGUCAUCAUGACCAAGAACAAACAUAAGAACAAGUACGAGAACCUGCUUUCUGGACGCACUCAUCUUGAGUCCCACCUGCACCUCCACCUGGCGGAACACCUUAACGCUGAGAUCGUGCUGGGGACUGUCACAGACCUAGGGGUGGCUGUGGAGUGGCUCCGGUCCACCUUUUUGUAUGUGCGAGUGCAGCACAACCCUCGCCACUACAGCCUGCCUGAAGACCUCAAGCAGGCACAACUCGAGGCCAGAUUACAAGAAAUGUGCACAAAAGAAGUGAAUGCGCUGGCCAGGGUGGGGGUGAUUCUACUAAAUGAAGUGGACAUCAAGCCUACACUACCCGGCAGACUCAUGGCCCGCUAUUGCGUUUCCUUCAGCACCAUGAAGACAUUCCUGCAGCUUAGUGGACAGGAAAGCCUCAGGGAGCUGGUGGAAAUGGUGUCUACCUGCCAGGAAUUCUAUGACAUGAAGGUGCGGAUGGCGGAGAAGAGGGUGUUGAAUGAGCUGAACAAGAGCCAAACAUCUGCCAUCCGCUUCCCCAUCAAGGGCAAGAUUAAGACAAGGGAGCACAAGAUUAACUGCUUGGUGCAGGCCACGUUGGGCAGUGACAACAUUGUGGACCCAGGCUUGAGUCAGGAGGCGGGCAAGAUAUUCCGCACCGGACAGCGGCUCACCAAGUGCCUGGCAGAGUACGGAGUUUCGCGGACGGAAUAUGAACUGGUCCUGAACACGCUGCUGCUGGCCAAAUGUUUCAGCUGCCGUCUGUGGGAAAACAGCCGCUUCGUGACUCGCCAGCUGGAACGCAUUGGCCCGACCUUCAGCACGGCGCUCGUUCAGUCCAAGAUCACCUCCUUUGCUGCUCUCGAGGCCGCCUCGCCCAGGGACAUCGAACUGAUACUGAACCGCCAACCGCCCUUCGGGAACCGCAUCCGUGAUCAGGCGACGAAACUACCGCGCUAUGAGGUGACUGUGGAGCAGCUCAACCAGGUAAGUAGCGAGAAGAGCGACCUGCGGGUGACGGUGAAGCUGGCGAACCAAGAGGCGCUGAAGGACGGGUCUACCACGCCCAAGCACCACGCCUGCCGCCUCUUGCUUGGCAACGCGGACAACAGGGUCGUUUUUCAUCAGAGGAUCACGGACGCCUUGCUGAAGGAGCUGGGGUCAGUGAGUCGUGUGGUCAACGUCAAGAGGGCUGAAGCUGGAGACGACUUGGCUGUCAACUUCAUCUCUGAGACCUGGGUUGGGUUGGACGUUCAGAGCACCUACACACCACGUUACCUCCCACGCCCCGCAUCCAGCCUCAAGGCUACCACCACCACCACCUCCUCCACCUUCAUCAAGAACCAAGGCUACAACGAUAACAAUACUACCGCCAGUAGCACUAUCGGUGGCUCUAGCAUGAGGGGAGAUGGGGAGCGGCGUGCCUGUCUCCACACCUGCGGGGACAAACGUAAUUGUGCUCACACCUGCUGCAAGGUCGGGGUGGUGAGUGCGAAGGGGAGCAGCGGCCGUGGGGAGGUGCCAGCUGUGGUGCAAGAAGUGAGGAAGAGAACCACACAUCUGCCCGACACACUUGUCAAGAAGCUCAAGAGUAAUAUAAGCAGUGGGACACUGGAUAUUUCGCAGUUCCAGUACAAGCCAACGCGCCCCACUAUGUUGAUGUCCCCGCCUGCCCAAGCCAGCAGACAGCAGACCUUCACUUCCUACCCUGAAGCAUGCUAUCAAGACAGGAACCAGACCAAGAGCUCUGCUGCUGCCACGACAUCGAUGCCUCACGAAAAUCUUCAGACAGAGGACCUCAUAACUGACAAUGUCCUGAAAGACUUUGAGAACGAAGUUGACUUCACACAGGACAUCAAUGACUUAAUGGACAUGGAAACUAUGGAAGCUUUCUUAGUCGCCUUUGAGAAGGAGAAUCUCCAGGAAGAGUACGUGGAUGCCUUUGACGAGCCUCUGGAGGUGGAGGACAUUCAAGGUACAACUGAGGACACGCCACAUACUUCAUGGCUUCAGCACCACCAGAACCACGCCCUCCGAGCAGCCACCAGGCCAGUCCCUCAGCAGCCUGUGACACCAAGAUCAGGGCUGAGGCCAAUUAGACCCUUACAAGCUACAUCAAGUCAGACCCUGAGGGCACAGCGACAAGGAAUACAGAUGUCCCAAGCUCAGAGGUGUCAGAGGCCACAAGUCUACGACAGGCAGGAUCAAGGCACGGUUAGAUCCUCAUCGAAGAGUACUACCCAGACCACCUUAAUCCGGUGGCUACAGGGCGACCAGAAACACACGGCACCUCCACAAACUCAGACCAACCAACCUCAGAUACCUACAGUGAGCCAAACUCAGACUAUCACGCGACCAGCCCCUCUGCGAAUCAGUCAGAAUCAACGGCCUCAAGCGUCAGAAGUAGUGACUAAUCAAAGUCAGCGCUGUCUCAGACCAGCAGAAGUAGUUACUAGUCAGAAACAAUGGUCUCUCAGGCCUACAGGAGUAAUGGCAAAUCAGAGUCAGCGUCCCCAUAGGCCAGUAGGAACACUGGCUAGUCAGAAUGAACAGCCUCUCACGGCUGCAGGAGUAUUUGCUAAUCAGAAUCCACAGCCUUUGAGACAAUGUGCACCUAUGAUAAAUCAAAAUGUAGAGCCUUUCAAACAUGCAGGAGCAAUGGCCAGAGGGAAUAUGCCACGUUCUGCUGGGACACUAAACAGUCAAAAUGCUCAACCUUUCAGAUUUGUAAGAUCACAAGUAGCUCAGACUCUCCGACCAACUUCCACUACAGCAGCGCAGAUAGAUCAGAGGCGAGGCCCGGUUCCAGAGAUGGUCAAUAAUCAAGCUGUUUGUCCUCCAGCACAUGGUUCACAAAUUACAGAGACUGUGCAAAACAGCCAACAAGCACUUAGAGGAUCAUUGCAUGUGCCACUGUAUCUCGUCACUCCCACUCAAAGACUGCCUCAUAUCUACAGACCUGGAGGGCCGGCCAACCACGCCUCUGCACCCAACACACAGGUGCCUCACACUGUGUAUCAAGGGGUUAAACCAAGGGUUGUGCAGGCUGGGCAAUUGAUAAAUACCACCGGGCCCAUGACAUGGCAGGGCGAGCGGGUAGAACCUAUUGUUUCAGUGGAGAAUACAAGGCAGUGGCCAUCAGAAAGCGAGAUCGAGUUGGAACAUGAAGCAUGGACGCCCACUGACAUCUCUCAGAACGAUCAGCCGGUCCUAGACUUGUCAUGUAGUGCUGCGCCUUUCCCUCCAGGCUCAGUGAUGAGGCCCACACACAUCCCCGGGGCACCUUGGCAUUUUCAGAACCAGCAGCAAGAACAACAGCCCCAGCAGCAACCAGCUGGUGGAGGUGUGUGGAGCUCACAAUCGAUGGAAGCACAAGCACCGCCGCGGGUCCUACAGAUGGGCAUCAACAGCCUAAAACAGUUUUGCUCGCCGGCUUCUGACGUGGAGGGUUCUUUCGUCAGUCAUCCUCCAUCCACCUCACACAACGACCUCCCUGCUCCCCAAACUAUCACCACGGACAUGGCCUUCACCUCACUUGAAUCUGAAUACCAAAACAGUGUUGCCUCCACCAGAAGCCGCUAUCGUUACUCGUCUAAUAUAUUGCAGUUGCCGGCAUUGUCAGAGUCACCCACGCAGCAGAGUGAAAGCAGCGCCACGCACAUGAGGCCCGUGGCGGGGAUCAGACCAAUGGUUUCAGACGGCACAGAAAAAAGGAAAAAGCAACCAGACCCCUUCUCUCAUCUGACGAAGGAAUGGAAUGAAAUGCAGAGAGGGAAGUGCAAGGGUAAGCUGAGCAACAUCUACCUCCCCAAGCCUUCGCCACGGCCCUUGGAGAAAGUAAGGACUCCUACUCCAUCCCCGACAACUAUCAAGAACAAUGAUGACUGGAAGGAUUUGGAGAUGUUUCAGUGGUGUCGUCAACAAGAAAAACUAGCGUUACAUUCUUUGUACCAGCGGGAGGCACCGGCCGAAGCUCAAUACCCUCCCAGUGAUAUAUCAAAGGGCCACCCCGCUCCUGACCGGGCUCCCUCUGCCUCACGGCCGCUGCCCAGAACCAACAGCCUGCAGAUUACUUAUGACAACGGCAGCCAGGGUCAUGUGGUGGGCGUGGGAUUGAGUGGAGUGGGCGGUGCCCGGCAGAACAUCAAUAUUAACCUGUCCAGCCUUGAUAUGGAGUCUGCAGCCAACACACAGGGCGUUGAGGAGCCGCAGGUGCGGGGCAUACUCAAGAAACCCACGCAGAGCACUUGGUGUGUUCCGGACAUCUACGAGGGCAUCACGUGAAGGGCGCCGCGCUUGCAUAUCGCGUGUGUAUGUGGGUCGCCUGAUUCCUGUCACCUCGUGCUAUGCUGGUGUCGGCGGCGACACCCCAAAGAAGUGAACCACCAGAAUUCCUCCAGCUAGGCCUCACAUUAACUCGCCAGAUAAACACUAUGAAGAUUAAUUAUUAUCCUUUUUGCGCCACUACAAGUAUAAAGGAGGAGGAGGAGGAGGAGGAGGAGGAGGAGGAGGAGGAGGACUGCGUGGAUAGGCCUUAGUAUUUUCGAUUGGAAUAAAAUGUCGCUUUCACGCCCUUAUCUUCUCCUCUCUUCCUCCUCCUCCUCUUGGCUCCAUAUUUGGCCACCACGCCUUCCCUCCAUCCUUCGUGUUCCUCCAUCUCUCCUUUUCCUUCUUUGGUCUCUAUUUCAUCCUUUCAUACCAUUUAUUUCUCCCUUUCUUUCGGUCUUGUGUUAUUCAUUCUCUCUAGUUUUCAAUCUUUUUCUCUCCAUCCCUCGUAUCUCAUGUGAUCCUUCUCUCCAGUUCCUCUUCUCUUUACCAUUCGUCAUUCUAUCAUUUAUCCAGUUCCUUUUUUCUUCUCUCCAAAUUCACUUUUUCCAUUUUCCCCAUACCCCUACUGUUUCUUCCUUAAACUGUUUUCUCCUUCCUUUCCUUCCUUUUGUACAGACGUGAGAGGUGAUACAAACAGAAUUGAUUUAUGUGGUGCUGAAUCUUUGUUGUAUUUGUAACCCUAAACAUAGACCCGUCUCACUCCCCUCCUCUCUCUCUCUCUCUCUCUCUCUCUCUCUCUCUCUCUCUCUCUCUCUCUCUCUCUCUCUCUCUCUCUCUCUCUCUCUCUCUCUCUCUCUCUCUCGAUAAGUUAAUAAUAUGCUACAAAAUCUUUAAUCUGUUCGGUGCUUACUAUUGGAAUCUGUACGACCGUCUUCCCUUUCACGCUAUAAGUGGUGCAGGUCAGGGAAUAAUAUAGACCAUUCUUGAUGGUCCUUACGCCUCACGUUGCCCACCACUUGCUAUUGAAAGACAAGAAUACAUUAUCCUACAUCAUCCUCUUGUAAUCCUCCUCCUUUACCGCAUUGUAGUAAUAUUCAUAGUUCAAGUGGUGAAUGUGUAAGACGUGCAAGGUGCCAUUGUGAGUUAUUGCGCGGUAGUAUUCAUAGAGAUAAGUGGUCAGUGUAUAAGUUGUCAUUGUAACCUAUUUUGACAACCUGUUUUACCACAAAGGAGGAAUAAUUCGAUGGACUGGCCAAUUGUGUAAUGCUUUUUGUCAUCCUCCCCUGCUCAUUGCUCUCCAGUAAAUGAUGUGGGUGUGGUAAAAGAAACGUUACUAGUGCCGUCUCCAUGCUCAUUGUACUGUGACCUUCUCCUGCAAGCUUUUUUUUUUUUUUCUUUUCAUCUUGAUAUUGGAUCGUUGUUUCUUGUCAGUUGCUUCCCUUACCACGAUCAAAUAUCAUAUUCUCCUCUAAUCUUUUCUCGUGCGGGUUUUUCUUUUUCUUUUCCUUCCUUUUUUUUGUUCUUGUUUUUCUUUGCUUGUUUUGUUCUUUUCUUGGUCUUUUUCUUUUCUUUUCUCUUUCUUUUUCUUAAUUUAUUUCUUUAUUUUUCUUUAUAUUUUCUUUAUUUUCUUUCUUUCUUUAUUUAUUUAUUUUUGCGACAACUUUAUAUUAUCUUUCCAGCUUAAUCAUGACCUUCCCCUCAUCCUUCGCCCAUCCACUCCUAUCUUCACCAUUCUUCAGUUGCUUCCUUUUCCACAAUCAGAUACAGUCUCCUACACCAAUCCUUUCUCCUGCAGAUUCAUUUUAUUUAAUUAAUAUUUUUUUUUCGUGUUACCUUCCUAUCUUGGCGAUCCUCUCAUCCAUCGCCCAUCGACUCCCAUAUCCAUCAUUCUUCCAUCAACAAAGCCCUCGUCUCUUCCCACUUAUCCAUACUAAUACAGUCAGUCUAUUUUACUGUAUUUUCUUCGAUACCUUUUUUAUGUAAGUGGUACUGGCGUAGGGAUACAAUAAACUUAGGGGAAAAAAAGGCCCACUGAGGUGCCAGUCCUUGAAGAAAAGUCUACUACUACCUUCUGUUUCAUAAUACCAGUGAGGGGAAAAUGUAAGAGAAAUCAGGUAUAGUUUUAUCAUAAAUUUAUUUGUUUAAUUCUACAAAUAGAGUAAUACUGUACAUGGCAGAGGGCAGCACGGGACCUCUCCUUAGGAACGCCCAGUGCAGGCUGCGGGAAUGUUGGGUGACAGCACGGCGAAGGGCACGACCAGGACGACAGUGGCCUAGGGAAGGAGGGUGGACGAGGGGGCGAUGGCGUGAGGGAGAAGUGUCACCCUCUCACCAACUCAUGGGAGAGAGGGAGGGAAGGGGUAGCGUGAAGCGACACUCCAUCCGUCCCUCUCACCCAUUACCUUCUCACCACCUCCACACGCACCUCCCUGGGCCACGGGCCUCGGCGAAUGCUACUUUUCCUCACCUCAAACAAACCAGACGAAAACGAACGUUACAAAACGUUACGGUACGCAAAAAAAUAAAGCGAUGCAUUAUUACGAGUUCAAUCUGCUUCUUCUAUGUACAGAAUGUAGCGUGUCGCGGUGGUGAGGUGACUGGUGGUUUGGUUUGUGUGUAUUUCUGUAUUUCUCAAUCUUCUCCUCCUCUAUCACUGUCCUGUUCAUAACUUACAUACUAUAUUUACAAGUCUUCUUACUACACACAACACUUCUUAACUACAGCUUACACACACACGCACACACACUCUCUCUCUCUCUCUCUCUCUCUCUCUCUCUCUCUCUCUCUCUCUCUCUCUCUCUCUCU